AUGAAGCUGUUGCUGCUGCUGCUGUGUCUGGGCCUGACCCUGGUCUGUGGCCAUGCAGAAGAAGCUAGUUCUGUGAGAGGGAACCUCGAUGUGGACAAGCUCAAUGGGGAUUGGUUUUCUAUUGUCGUGGCCUCUGACAAAAGGGAAAAGAUAGAAGAGAACGGCAGCAUGAGAGUUUUUGUGCAGCACAUCGAUGUCUUGGAGAAUUCCUUAGGCUUCAAGUUCCGUAUUAAGGAAAAUGGAGUGUGCACAGAACUAUAUUUGGUUGCCUACAAAACGCCAAAGGAUGGCGAAUAUUUUGUUGAGUAUGACGGAGGGAAUACAUUUACUGUACUUAAGACAGACUAUGACAGAUAUGUCAUGUUUCAUCUCGUUAAUUACAAGAACGGGGAAACCUUCCAGCUGAUGAAUCUCUUCGGCAGAACAAAGGAUCUGAGUUCAGACAUCAAGGAAAAGUUUGCAAAACUAUGUGUGGCACAUGGAAUCACUAGGGACAAUGUCAUUGACCUAACCAAGACUGAUCGCUGUCUCCAGGCCCGAGGUUGAAGAAAGGCCUGAGCCUCCAGUGCUGAGUGGAGACUUCUCACCAGGACUCCAGCAUCACCAUUUCCUGUCCAUGGAGCAUCCUGAGACAAAUU